CGCGCCACCGAACAACCGCGUAAACACACACGCGCGCACGCACACACGCACACACUCGCCCGCUCGCUCUGUGUUAUCGCUACGGGCCACGUUUCCGGGCGAACCGCACGAUACACCGAUAUAUCUCGAUACAAUAAUAAUAUUUAUUAUAUUAUCGCGCGCUGUGUUCUGUCGCUGCUGCCGCUCGUCGCACGCGGCUACGCUCACGGUUAUAACGUUCGCUGCAGUGCGCGCGUAUAAUAUCACACUCAUUCGCGCCCGGACCCGCCGCCGCAACAGCCACCCUUGGGCGCUACCCUCGGGAAUAUUGCCGAGAUGACUUCGUUUCAACCGUCAUCGCGACUCUAACGCAACGAAAAUAUUUCGCCGAUGUGUGUGUGCGUGUGAACGUGCAUUGGUAUAUACAGUGCGGAAUCCCGUCGAGAUUUUCGUAAUUAUUCCUGUUACACCGCGAUAAUAUGAGUAUAUAAUAUAAUAUACUUGUCAAUAGUUCUAUCGGUUUGUAUUUAUAGUGCGCCCCCGAACACGUGAUUCACUACGUUCUGCACGCGUGAUCGCCUAUAUAUAUACAGUGGAUACGUAAAUAAAUGGUAAAGUAACUUGUGACCGAAAGUCGAACACGAAACAUCCCCACCACCACCACCUGCAGCUAUUGCCGUGCCGUCGACGAGAUUGACAUGACUUUCAGAUGCGUGCCGGCUUUUCAGCCGCUGUCGUCAGGCGCCGAUUGCGCUGCUCCGUGGGAUCGGCUAGCCGGACAUGGUACAGUCGCAUCUAUCGGCAGUGGUGGGGGAGGUGGUAGCGGCGGUGGAGGUGGUGGCGGGGGUGGCGGAGGAGGUGGCGGAGGUUCGUCACCGUUUAGCCCGCACCACCAUCACCACCAUCACCACCACCGGAACACGACGCCCACCAACGCCGGUUCCAACAUGGGACACCACCAGGACUUUCAGCCACCGUACUUCCCGCCGCCGUUCCCACCGGCCCACCAUCACCAUCAGCCAUCCGCCGGCAACGCGUCUUCGCCGUCUGCCAUGGACUACAUCAACGACCCGUAUUCACAGACGCUCAACAGCCUACACCAGAGCGCUCAGGCCGCCGCGGCAGCGCACCACUACAACCAGUUGACCGUAGCCGCGGUGUCCGUAGGCCAGCGGCAUGACGCCCUCCGUCGGUCGGACUCGGACUCCAUACAUGUGGGCAACAUGCACCCGUCUUUUCCGUAUGAAAGCGGCCGUUCCCGGGGAGGCGAGUAUGGUUCUGGCGUUGGUGGAGUUCGAGGCCGUGGCGACGUGCUCGUUCAAUCGCACCCAGGCCUGGAAGACUCGCUGGUCCUACAUAACGCCCUGUCCAGCGUGGUGGAAGAAGCUCAGGAGCACAAUGUGGACGACAGUAGUUCGUUUAUGAACGAUUUGCCACUACUAAAACGUAUGUCUACUACCCCAUCGGACGUGUUUUGCAGCGUACCCGGACGUCUGUCGUUGCUCAGCUCUACGUCAAAGUACAAAGUAACUGUUGGCGAAGUUCAACGCAGAUUGUCACCUCCAGAAUGUCUGAACGCCUCUUUAUUAGGCGGUGUGCUAAGAAGAGCAAAAUCCAAAAACGGUGGACGGCUAUUACGCGAAAAACUCGAAAAAAUUGGUCUAAACCUGCCGGCUGGUCGAAGAAAGGCCGCAAACGUAACACUGCUCACGUCGCUUGUCGAAGGCGAAGCGAUACAUUUAGCUCGAGACUUUGGGUACGUAUGUGAAACAGAAUUCCCGGCCCGACAAGUGGCGGAAUACCUGAGCAGGCCGCACACGAGCGAUCCUACAGAGUCGUACCGAAGAAAAGAGCUUAUACAUGCCACAAAACAAGUAACCAAAGAGCUGAUGGACCUUUUGAACCAAGAUCGUUCGCCGUUGUGCAAUACCAGGCCACAGCACAUUCUCGACCCAAUCAUACAGCGUCCACUCACUCACUUUUCUCUCAUAUCGCACGGAUUUGGAAGUCCCGCAAUAGUCGCUGCCCUUACGGCCAUACAGAAUUUUCUCUCUGAGUCGUUGAAGCACUUGGACAAGGUGUACCCAUCCGGCAACAACCUGUCAUCGCAGCAACAGCAACAGCAGCAAAACAACCAGUUGCAGCAACAGGACCAGAAGCCCAAAGACUUGGUGGGACUGGAGCUGAAAAAGUGAGCCUGGUCGAGGCGGGCGCAUCGCGAACCUGCCGGCGGCCCGCAGCAGCAUCAGCCGCCACCACUGAUUCACCCGAGGCUACAGCUGCAACAGCCGUACGGCGGCAACCGCGACGGUCGUUGUCAGUGAUCUACGGCAAUCACGCGCACGGCGUAUUAAUUGUAAUAACAUUAUUGUAUACAUUAUACAAUUAUUAUCGAUCUUAUGCCGACACCGCGAUUUUUAAUUUCCGUAUUUUUCUCAUUCUGUGCUCGAUACAAAAGAUCCAAAACUGCACUUUUUCUCGACGCACUUCGGAAUGUUUUAAGUUACAUUCAAAAAAAUCAAAAACAAAAAAAAAAUUGACAAACUUACAAAUGUUGUAUAAUAUUAUUAUUAUUAUAUAGUGAUAUUACGAUGUGCUGUAUAAGUUUAAUUAGAUUAUUAUAUGCGAUAUAUAAUAGUACUUGUAAAUAAUACGAUAAUAUAUUAUAAUAUAUGAUAUGAUAUGAUAUAUAUUAUAUUUUUUUUCGGACAAUCGGAUUUUUUUUAUUAUUAUUAUUUUUAUUUACAUAUAUAGUUUACGAAUUAGGACUUAAGCGCGUGUACCUGUCGCGUGUUUUUUUUUUAUUAUUUAUUCUUGUUUUUAGAUUAUAUUUUUAUGUUUUCGAAACUUGUACAAAUCUUGAAUGAUUUCCCGCCCCUUCAUGUGCCAUCCGUAGAAUUACCACGGAACCCUCUCGAUUCGUCGAUAAGAAAAUAAUAUAAAUAUCAAAACAUAUAUAAUUUAUAAUUAUUGUAUAUUAUAAUUUGUGUCGUUGUCGCGACUUGUGUUUUAUUUUUAAUUAAUUUUUUGAUUAUUAAUUAUUAUUAUUGUUAUUGUCUUGUACGCGAACGUUACACGUCAUAAAAUAUUAUUAUUGUGACGUCAUUAAGACAAAGAAUCAAAAUGAAACGUUAAUUUAGUAAAAAAUCAAACUUAGUUCAUAGUAAAAUUGACUUAUCCCACGAUAUCAUUGCCAUAAUAUUAUUAUUAUUAUUAUUAUUAUUAUUUACUCAUGAUCAUGAAGCAAUUUUCGUUAUUAUAUUGUAUGUUUUGCAAUUACCAUAAUGAUUCAAUGAUAUUGUGUGUUUAAUUGUUUUUGAAUUGUGUACAUAUUAAUUUUACCAGAGAUGAAUCAUUUUUUUUUUAAUACGUAUUUUAUACGUAUUGUAAGUACUUAGUGACAGCAUUAUUUACUGAUUGACGCUUUUUCGAAAUUAAAAAAGGUUGAUAUUUGUAUUAUGCACAAAUACAAUACAACCCAAAUAAUAUUUAGUAUGUAUUUAUGAUGAUGAUAAGAUAAUAAUAAUAAUAAUAAUGGUUUACAUUAUAUAUAAGUAUCAUGUGAUAUUUAAUUUCGAUAUGCGUAUCAUCCCAACGAUAAUAAAUAAUAAUAAUGAUGAUCAUAAUAAUUGUUGUACAGCGAGUUUAAUUUUAUUCUUAUAGACGUGUAAGUAUUAUUAUAUUAUAAUAUAGACAAACGCGCAUAUAUUAUAUAUAUAA